AUGAAUAUCUCUUUUUGGAAUAUUAAAGGGCUAAAUAAGUCCUCUAAACAACAUUUGGUUAAGCUCCAUAUACAACAACAUCAUAUCUCUUUUAUAGCUCCCAUUGAAGUAAAAAUCAAGCUUGACAAGCUUCCUGCUAUAAUAAAGAAGUUACAUAGUAACUGGAAGUGGAUUUCUAAUGCAAAUAGUUCUAGUAAAGCCAGAUUACUGAUUUUAUGGGAUCCAAAUACUCUGGAUGUUCAUGUUGAUAGGGUUUCUACCCAGCUUAUUUCCUGUUCAGUUAAAUCCCUGGAUGGUAGAAUUGAUUGUUUAGUUACCUCUAUAUAUGGACAUAAUCAUCAAGAAAAUAGGAAGGUUCUUUGGAAAGAUCUUUUUCAAAUUCAACAGUCAGUUGGGAACAAAGCAUGUAUUCUAUCUGGUGAUUUCAAUACUAUUACUGGGCAAGAGGAUAAAAUUGGUGGCCUUGCAGUUACUGAAGCUGUAACUAUUGAUUUUAGGGAAUUUAUUGACAAUUGUCAAUUGUCACAUUUAAAAACUGAUGGCUGCUACUAUACAUGGAAUAAUAAACAAGACUCUAAUUUCAGGGUUUGGAGUAGAUUGGAUAGAACUUUGGUUAAUGACUCUUGGAUCAAUUUGCAUAACUCUAGCCAUGUUGAGUAUCUUCCUCCCAGUUGCUCUGAUCACUCCCCAGCUCUACUUUCAAUAUAUGAUAACUGUGUGCAAGGAAAGAAGCCAUUUAAGUUUUUCAAGAUGUGGAAUAAGCAUGAAAACUACUUGCCUAUUAUUUCUUCUGUAUGGCAAAACUCAAUUGCAGGAUGUGCUAUGUUUUCUGUUGCAAGCAAACUGAAGCUACUGAAGAAUGCACUGAAGGAUUUAAACAAAAGGAGUUUUCACAAUAUCAGUGAGAAAGUGAUCAGGGCUAGAAUUAAUCUGGAAAAUAUGCAAAAUAAUCUACAGGAGGACCCUCUCAAUACUGAUUUGAUUAAUCAAGAAAAAGAGUGCUUUGCUUUAUACAACAAACUUUUGGACUGUGAACUAUCAUUCUAUCAUCAGAAAUCCAGAAUCCAGUGGAAUGUGCAGGGAGAUAGAUGUACAAACUUCUUUCAUUCUGCAAUUAAAGCUAAAAGACAUCUCAAUAGAGUAAUGGUGCUAUACAAUAAUGCAGGAUGCAGACUAACUGAUGGUGAAGAGAUAAUUCAGGAGUUUGUUUCUUUUUAUAAGAGUCUCAUGGGCUCAUCUACAAAAACAUCUAGGCCUGAUGGUGAUAUCAUUUCCAAUGGUCCAUGUCUGGAUGAGGCUCAAGCUAGUUCCUGUCUUCUCUAG